UAUACCAUCAAGCAGACUCGCGAGAUGGUCUUGUGAUCACUUUUUGAUCAAAUUUGACCGAGAAGGUGCGUUUCCGUUUGUGCUUACUGCGUUCACCUAUAUUUCUCUUCUUGAACAUCUGGUAAAGUUUAGUGCUGUUAGCCAUUCCAUUCCGAAAAUGUCGUCGAAAGAUCGUAUUCCAAUUUUUCCUUCUCGCGGUGCUCAGAUGCAAAUGAAAGCCCGAUUAGCUGGAGCGCAUAAGGGUCACGGGUUACUAAAAAAAAAGGCUGAUGCUUUGCAGAUGCGUUUUCGAAUGAUUCUCAGUAAAAUUAUUGAGACCAAAACUUUGAUGGGAGAAGUAAUGAAAGAAGCUGCAUUCUCAUUGGCCGAAGCUAAGUUUGCGUCUGGUGAUUUCAAUCAAGUAGUGCUGCAAAAUGUCACCAAGGCCCAGAUUAAAAUUCGCACCAAGAAAGAUAAUGUGGCUGGUGUAACACUCCCUGUGUUCGAGUCAUACCAAGAUGGGUCUGAUACUUAUGAACUUACGGGAUUGGCCAAAGGAGGGCAACAGCUGCAGAAACUGAAGAAAAACUACCAAAGCGCAGUAAAACUAUUAGUCGAACUUGCUUCACUUCAAACUUCGUUCGUAACGCUGGAUGAGGUCAUCAAAAUUACAAAUCGACGAGUUAAUGCUAUCGAGCAUGUUAUUAUUCCAAGAAUCGAUCGUACACUGGCAUACAUUAUUUCCGAACUUGAUGAAUUGGAACGAGAGGAAUUUUAUCGCUUAAAGAAAAUUCAGGAUAAGAAACGAAUCGCAAAAAAGAAAGCCGAAGAAAAACGAGUCGCGUUGCUGCAGGAAGGUAUUGAUGUGCGUAUUCAGUCGAACAUUCUGGAUGAAGGUGACGACGACAUACUGUUUUAAACGAAAAGAAAUAUUGUUAUACACCAGCUUUACGAAGCACCAUUUUGCAUAUAUUGCAUAGAAUCAUCCCCUAGUGUUAUCCCCGUUUUGCCUUAUUCGAUGCGUCACAUUCAUGUGCACUACUAUGUUGAAAUUGAAGUUUUACCAUUAUAUAUAUUUUAUCGAAAGAGGGGAUUUCGAAAAGCACAUGAUUUCACGUAAAAUUUGGGGCUAGAUCAAGAUGUUGUCAAGCAAGAUGAAUGAAACGAUAUAUUAAUAAAAUAUUAUAUUAUUAAAAAGCAGAUCAUCAAAAUAAAUCUUGGGCAGAUUAAACAAACUGGUGAAUGCAAAUCGUUUCGCUUCGUGUGGCAGG